GGGGGCGUGGCCGUGGCGGGCGAGGAAGACGAGGAUGAUCCGCCGCUACACGCGCAAGGCGGUGCCGCCCAGCUCGGAGCUGAAAGAAAAAACCAAAUACCCUCUUAAUAAUCGUCCCCUUCCAGAGCCACUGGAUGAAGAAGCUUCCUCUGCAAAUGACAAAGACACAAGUUCUCACAGUACCUCUGACACCACCCAGGACUCAUCUUUUACAUCAGCGGACACUGGGAAGUCACCGUCUGCCUCUACAAGUCACUUGGGUGCUGGGAUCUCCACUGAAGGCAGCUCGGACUUCUCCUGGGGCUACAGUGAACUUGACCAAAAUGCUACCGAGAAAGUGCAGGCAUUGUUUCGAGCUGUGGAUGAGCUGCUGUAUGAGCAGAAGUCGAGUGAAUCCACGGAGGAUCUCUGGGACGAGUGCAGGCAAUGGGCAGCCAGCUUCCCACACCUCAGGAUUGUGGGCCAACAGAUGCUCACUCCGAGUGAAGGUUAUGGCCUUUAUCCUAGAUCUCCUGCUCUCUCCACUUCGCAGGAGACCACACUGUCUCAGGAAAGAGAUUCUACAAUAUUUGGUAUAAGAGGGAAGAAAUUACAUUUUACAUCUUGUGCUCAGAAAGUGCCUUCUCUUGCCAAAUGCCCGAGCCUGUCUUCUCUGGAGAGAGAGGAAGAUUGUGUAAUCAUCUCUGAAGGGAUCAUAGAGGAGUACCUAGCUUUUGAUCACACAGAUGUGGAAGAAGAGCUCCACGGCAGGAAAUGCAGAGCAACUAAAGAGAAGCAGAAAUCUGGGUACCCUCCGAUUUCCCCACUUUACUGCAUGAAAGAGAACAUCCUUGCUCAUGUAUUUGAUGCCGUGUGGAGAAAGGUUCUGGGCUAUAUGGAACAGCUGAUACGGAACCACUGGGAAGGGUUUGCUUCGGAAGACGACAGUAAUGCAACAGCAACCAGACCAGGCUCAGGAAGCCCCUUUGAGCUGAAUGAACCACCGCCUUUGAUCUUACCUCGAGUCCCACAGUCAAAGGUGCUGUCUUUCACCUCCAACCUGCCAAGUUUCUAUCAAGCAGGAAGUGGUCAUCAGCCAAACGUGAACAGCCUCUUGGUUCAUGGAAUGCCUCUGCAGCCAAGAAAUCUCUCCCUCAUGGACAAGCUCUUAGAUUUCGGUGACAAGCUGCUAAGGCCUGCAUCUAGCACCAUCCUUUCAAGUCGGAACUGGCCAGGCCGAGGCCUGGAGUUCAGCCCAUCAUGCGUGUCACAUACGGUACAAUCCGCCCGAAGACGCAACCCACCGCCCCGCACCCUCCACCCCAUCAGCACCAGCCACUCACGUGCGGGAACACCAAGGCCACUGGAGGAAAUCCUCCGAGGAUCCCGAAUCCCUGUGACAGCGGAUUCCCUCUUUUCCUCCUUCCCGAUGACCCUGAGCCGGAAUAAUCUGCUGCCACCUAUUGGCACGCCUGACGUCGACCACCUGGUCACUGUGGGGUCCCAGAACUCCAAGAAAGCCCACGACGAUUCGGGCCGAGCCCGCAGCGCAGUGCUGGACAACCCAAAGCACCAGCAGCCCCAGGAGAAGCUCCUCCUGCCCGACUUUUUCUCCAGGCCCAACACAACACAGUUGUUUCUGCCAGAUACCCAGUACCAUCAUCAAACCCGGCCUGGCCGGAGAUCUGCAGGAGCAGGUUCUCAGUUACAUGGCUCUACAAAAUCUCAAAACAGAGGUGGACCUGUCUCCAGAUCCAGGCAGUGACUAUAGGACUGAAACAAGAAGAACUUGCUUCGGGCUAAAAACAAGAGAGAAGAUUCCAUGCUAUCAUAUGAAGACAUGCGUCAACCAACUUGUAUUAAAUUAUAUUUGUAAUAAAAUUCAAGAGUUUUUAACUUGUUUGCAA